AUGGAACAUUAUUUUCAAAACGGCGCAAAUAGAGCAAUUGCACAGCUUCAAUGUUUUAAAGAUUUAGAUAUUCCAAUUAAUCAAGCAACAAUUCCACCAAUGUACAGACAAAAGCCAGAUGCUUUAGCUCGCUUCUCCCAGUGUGUUUCAGCUUUAAAUCAUCGAUUUUCAUCAGAUGACAUCACAUCACUGGAAAUUUUUGUUCAAUCUAUUAAGGAUAAUUCACCUGACGAUUUAAUGGAAUUCAUAUCCGAAAAUGACACUUUAAUUUUUUAUUACGCACCUUUUGAAGCAAAAGCAAUAGCAUAUCAAAUUGUCACUUUUCAUAUUGACAGCACAUAUAAAUUACUCAGAUCAAAAAUACCAUUUUAUGCUUUAACUGGUAAGUACAAAGAAAUGCAUGGAUUUCCAUUUCUUUAUUUCUUUGUACAACCAGACAAAUCCGAAAAUAUCCAAAUAUGUCUUGUCAGAUUUUUUGAAUGGUGCCAUUUGGAACCACAAUAUAUUAGUAUGGAUUGCGCCCCUCAAAUAGCAGAAGCCGUUGAAAAUGGAAUUCCGGCAUGUCACAUUUUAUGGUGCGGGGUACAUGUUUUAAGAGCAAUUUUAAGAAAAGUGACAAAUUUAAAAACAUGGAAACUUUUGAAAAUUUUUACAACAUUAUGA